UUCAAACCCAAAGUGGUGCCUCUUUCAGCAUUCUUCUUUGCACUCAACAAAUCAACCAAUGAUGCAAUCAAUUUAUCAAUAUCAACAAUAACAACAAGCAGCAGCUGAGACCAAAGUGACAAUCCUUUAAUAUGUAUUUUAAAGCCUAAAAUAUAUUAUGAGAAUGAAAAAAUCUCUAGUGCUGAGCAUUUUGAAGUGUUUGUUAUUGAAGACCUUCUAUUAAACAAAGAAACACUUUUUUGGAAAAGUACUGGGUUAUGUCCCCCAGAUCCUCAUCAAAAUGCCCAUGCAUUUUUAUUGGCACCAGACAUGAAGCAAAAUUUCUUCCACAUUGGUUCACUUCCUCAACAUGGUAUUAUUCAAGUCCGUAUUCAUUGGUUGUUGGAUCUAAUCAAACUCAAAAUUCUUCCAAAUUUUGUGGUCAGUUUUGAUUUUAAGUAUCUGGAUGAUUUAAUCCUUUCACUUUGGGAAAAUGGCCUUCAACCAGGCUUUGAAUUGAUGGGUAAUCCUUCAAAUUAUUUUACUGAUUUUGAAAACCAAACCCAGGUAUAUUUGUGGAAAGACAUGAUUCAAAGUUUAGCUGAACAUUACAUUGGUCUCUUUGGAAUUAAAUAUGUGGUUCAAUGGAAUUUUGAAACUUGGAAUGAACCUGAUCAUAAAGAUUUUGAUAAUUUGAAUUUCACCACUCAAGGAUUCCUAAACUACUAUGAUGCUUGCUCGGAAGGUUUAAAGGCGGCUAAUCCAAGACUUCGUCUUGGAGGACCUGGUGGAUCAUGUAGAAUUCCUUCUGUUGGACAUUCACCUUUGUGCUGGGCCUUACUUGCUCAUUGUAGUUAUGGGAAAAACUAUUUUUCUGGAGAAAUUGGUGUUCGCUUAGAUUUUAUAUCUUUCCACAAGAAGGGAAAUGGCAGUACAGAUUUCAUUUUUGAUGAAGAAUUGGAGACUAUGCAUUAUAUUAGAAAGACAUAUCCUUCUUUAUCACAUGUGCCAUUCUACAAUGAUGAGGCAGACCCUUUGAAGAACUGGGCUCUCCCGCAGGAGUGGAGAGCUGACACAACUUAUGCAGCAAUGGUUGUUAAGAUCACUCUCAAACACAUUUAUUGGUUGAUUCAAAAGAGCUCAGAAGUAUUCAUAACGUUAAUGAGUAGUGAUAAUGCUUUUUUGAGUUAUUUUCCAAAUCAAUUUACUCAAAGAACAUUGCUGGCAAGAUUUCAAAUCAAUAAUACUUCUCCAAAGCAUGUAGAAUUUGUAAAGAAACCUGUAUACUCUGCCUUUGCCCUUCUUAGUAAACUAUGUCCUUAUGUUUUGACAACUAAAGUACACAUAAAUGGGAAAAAAUUGGCUGAUAAUGCAUCUGAAUUUGGAGUUAUUGCUACUGCGUGUGACAAUAAAAGAGUUGUGAAUGUUCUCAUGUACAAUUCUGUUGGAAAUCAAACUAAGGAAUCAAUGACAGAUGUUCAUCUACAUUUCAAUUUCUUUUGCUUACAAAAUUCUACUUUUGCAAUAUUUGAAAUGGACAACAUUAAUACAAACCCUCAUCUUAAAUGGAAAAAACUUGGAAAGCCGAUCUAUCCAUCAUUAAAGCAAUUUUCUCUCAUUAAAGAUUCUGAGGCACCACGUAUGAAAGGACCAUAUUUUAUUAAGUGUGGCACCCCUCUUCAACUUGGUUUGAAAAUGCAUAAUCCAAGUGUAAUUUUAAUCAACAUCUGUAGAGCGCAGAAAGCUAUAUCAAGGAUUCAAAAUGUUCGAUUUCUCCAGACAUGGAAUUUUACUUUGCAAUUGUCUUGGACAGAUGAUUAUAAUAGAUGUAUUUUAACAUAUAUAGUUGAGCACAGCUUUCUACAACAUGGUCCUUAUCAUCAGCUAAAUAAGAAAAAUAUUAUAAUGCCAUAUUAUUGGCAUUCUUGUUUAAAAAAUAAUAAAAGUUGCUUCAUCAAAGGGUUUUAUAGAGUUAAAGCAAUAGAUUAUUGGAAUAACAAUGGUCCUUAUUCAACGCCGAUAUAUGUUAGAGGAAUUUUGUAGUACAGUGGAACCUGUCUAAAUUGACCACCCUCGGGACCAAGUCAAAUGGUCACUAUAUAGAGGUGGUCACUUUAUGAAGAGUCUUUAAAAAGGACUCUUUAAAUAAAACUUGCAGAAAAUGGUCACCUUACUCAGAUUUUCACUUUACCCAGGUGGUCACUUUUAUAGGUUCCACUGUAUAUAGGUAAUAAAUAUAGUUUGAAUGAUAAUUGCUUUGAUUUUCUUGUAUAUUCUGUAAUUUAUUUUAACCAUUCUUUAAUCAUCACAAUAAAUAUUUUUAAAAAUAA